AUGGAUUAUGGCACUAAGUUGACAAAAGAUGAGGGGGAAUUCCUACCUGACAACAGUGCGUAUAGGAAGCUAAUUGGCAAACUCCUUUAUCUGGCUAACACAAGGCCAGAAAUCAGUUUCGCAAUUGGCAAGCUCAGCCAAUUUCUUGAGAAACCAACCACUUCGCACCUCAAGGCAGCAUAUAGAAUUUUGAGAUAUAUCAAGAUGGCACGUGCAACCAGUUUGUUCUUCCCGUCCAAGUCUGACCUGCUAGUGUCAAGAUUUAGUGACUCUUAUUGGGCGGCAUGCCCUGAUUCACGAAGAUCCAUAUCUGCCUACUGUUUUUACAUUGGGAAUUCGAUUGUUUCAUGGAAAAGCAAGAAACAAACGAAUGUGGCAUCAUCUUCUGCUGAAGCAGAAUAUCGAGCGUUGGCCUCAGCCACUAGAGAAGCAAUUUGGCUAAAGAAUGUCCUAAGUGACUUGGGUUUUGAGCUGGAGAAACCUAUAAGUCUAUACUAUGAUAGCCAAGCAGCCAUCCACAUUGCUCACAAUCUAGAUCUUCUUACUUAG